AUGGCGACGGACGACUUGCAGACUCGAGCCCCCGGAGUACUGGCCGUUACGGCUGCAACGCUCGCUUGCUGCUCCGUCUUCGUCUUCCUUCGAAUGAUAUCGCGAUUUGGCGUUGUGCGAAAACCGGGAUGGGACGACUAUACAAUCAUACUGGCGUGGUUGCUGGCCUUUGGGACCUCGUUCUCUAUCUGUUAUGGCACAUCCAAGGGACUGGGGCGGCAUCAAUGGGAUGUCCCUGCGCAGUGGAAGAAGCCCAUGAAGCAGGCCGCCUACGCAUUCUCGGUCCUUUAUAACCCAGCUUUGAUGGCGACCAAGACUUCUAUCCUCCUGUUCUAUCUCACGCUGUCGAAAACGCUCAAAGUCUUCCGAUGGGCCACCAUAGCUACCCUCGUCGUGGUCAAUGUUGGAGGUCUGGCCUUGACUCUCCUGAACGCUUUUCAGUGUACGCCUGUCACUGCCGCCUUCAAGACGCCCGUCCCAGCCUCGGCGAGUUGCACCAACAUCGUCACCAUCUAUCUCUCUUCCGCACCCCUGAAUAUCAUUACCGACUUGGCUAUUUUCUUCCUCCCGAUACCAAUCCUUACCGGCAUCCGAUUACCGACGAAGCAAAAGGUUAUCCUAGUUAUUACCUUCGGAUUUGGAGUGUUUGUCACUGUCGUGGAUGUAGUCCGCAUCUACUACCUCCAAGAUGCACAGCGCGACCGUCUUCGCGCGCUUCAGAUGCACCAGUCCGACGACGGAACAGACUCCCGGAAUAUGGGCGAUUUUCCGUGGUAUGCUUCACUGUCGUUCAUGUGGAGUGCAGUCGAGAUUAACGUUGGAAUCAUGUGCGCCUGCGUUCCUGCCUUGAAGCCACUGGUUAGCCGUUUCCUUCCACAGUGGGUUCUGGAUCACACUGUGCGCGAUAAGACGUCCAGCAAAACAAGUGACAGCAUGCUCCCUCGACCCGACUUAGGAGGGCCGCGCAGGACACCCAACCCGCUGAGUCCCCCUGAGUCGCCGCUUACAAAGCCUCCACCCGCGCUAGGCGGCGCAGACGAGCCUAUGGACAUGAUGGCUUUCCUGACCACGCCGGACAUGAACGAGCUGCCUGAUCUCAACCGGAACAGCACUCUCGCAACGUACGCCACCACCGCUCAAACCCGGCGACAUUCAGUUGCUUUCUUCGACUUCGUGGACAUGGGCACCAAGAAGAACAUUACCCUGAGGAGCAACCGCGAGUCCGUCUUUCCAAUCCUGAUGGUCACCAUUCUGUUCUUUAUUUGGGGGUUUGCUUACGGACUCCUGGAUACCCUUAAUGCCCAAUUCGCGGCAGUAGCACAUAUGACCAACGGGGAGACCAUCGCCCAACACAGUGCGUACUUCUUUGGCUACGCUGUAGGACCCCUCACAUUUGGGAGGCUGGUCUUCCGCCACUGGGGUUUCAAGGCCUGCUAUAUGGUUGGACUCAUGAUUUACGCCUGCGGAACUCUGAUCUUCUGGCCAUCCGCAGUCCUGACUUCCUUCCCAGCUUUCUUAAUCUCCAACUUUAUCGUUGGCCUUGGACUGUCGACCCUUGAGCUGAGCGCCAACCCAUUCAUAGCGCUUUGUGGUCCUCCGGAGUUCGCCGAAGUGCGACUGAAUCUAUCCCAAGGUGUCCAGGCCAUUGGCACCGUCUGCUCGCCGCUAUUAGCGAGGAAGGCCCUCUUCAAGGCUGAGGCGGACAGCUUGAUUGAUGUUCAAUGGGCGUAUCUUGGCAUAUCGUUCUUCACCGUUAUGCUUGCCAUUGUCUAUUAUUACGUCCCUCUCCCCGAAGCUACAGACGAGGAACUGGAGGAUGCCAGUGCUCGUAUGCCUAUACCGCGGGACGCAACUUUCAACAUCGGCUCGAAACAGUUCCAGGUGAUAUGGAUCACUCUCGGCCUUGGGGUCUUCUCGCAAUUCUGCUACGUUGGCGGACAAGAGUCGACCUCCACUACGUUCUCGGAGUACCUGAAGCGCGUCCUGCCAUCCUUGGACCCCGUAGGGCAUCAGUCCGUUGGACACACCGCUUUCGCCGUAUCCCGGUUUCUCGGCGCUCUCACAAACAUAUGGGUAAAACCGCGGUUUAUCCUCCUCUUCGCCUUUGCUGGCGCCAUCGCAUUUUCUGCUGCCGCUAUGACUGGCUAUGGCGCUGCUCCUGCGACCCUUAUCAUAAUGGUCAUGUUCUUCGAAGGACCUAUUUUCUCGAUUAUAUAUGCCCAAUCACUCCGUGGCCUGGGCAAGCACACUAAGGAUGCCUCCGUUCUCAUGACCGCAGCGAUAAGUGGCGGCGCAGUAUUCCCGCCCAUUAUGUACGGCCCUACGCAAGCUCGCAACAUUCAGUAUGCGUACUGCGUGAUCGUCGCCGCAUAUGCUGCAGGAACGUUAUUCCCCAUCUGGCUCAAUGCCUACCCAGCUGCAAGGCAAUUGUCGGACCCGGUCAGGGAUGAACAGACGAGGAGGGAGUCAGCGGCUGAACAAGAGAGGCGCGACAGCAUGGGCAUGAGCGAAAAGCAUAAGCGAUGGAGCAAAAUCAAGAACAGGUGGAGUAAAGACAAGGAGAAGGAUGCGUUGCCAUCUGUGGAGCAUAGAGAGCGCCGCAGUUGGCCAGAGGGACAGACUCCGCGGCACAAUAGCGAAGAAAGUACGAGCUCGGUAACUGCAAAGAGCCCGAUCGGUUUCGAUGCGAUUGAGAAAGGGAGCCCGAGUCGGAGGUGA